AUGAAACUGAACGCGUUCUUCGAGAGAUUCCUCAAGCCUUCGUCGUCGAGCAACACGCCGAAGCCGCGAGGCGGCGCGCGGAACAACAUGUACUCGGAAUUGAUUGAGCCCCAAGAGCUGUACGAAACGAUGGCCACUCCUGUCAAGGAAGAGGAUGUUCUUGAGAAGAACUUCGACGACCUCGAUCUCGUCCCAGUCAAUGUGAACAAGUCCGGAAAAUUGACGCUUCUCAAGCAGUUCUCAUCGCAAGCGCGCCAUAUGGUUCAAAAGGGAGAAAAGAUUGACUGGAAGAAAGUCCGACCGGAAGACGCUCAUCGCUGCCAAUUGUGGUUCUUCUUGGGUCUCGGCCUCCGAGAAGCCGAGAACAUGCUUCGCUACUUUAAUGAGAACAACGCGUUCGUUGUGAGCUAUUGCCAUGGAAAAUAUUUUCUAUCGGUGUGGAAAGAGCACAAGGCUCUUCAUUUCUGCAUAACGCACUAUUUGAGAAAGAAUGGAAAACUCGCGUUCCGAUUGGAUCUUGAGAAGAAGUUCCACAACAUCGUCGAGCUCACUGAGUACUAUCAGAAGCAUGAGAGUUAUGCGCUAGGAGAGAAGCUCGGUGUCGGCGUUGGCGUUUACAAAAAAUAG